AUGCCUGAACCGCUGCUUUUCGAUGUGGGAGAGUUACUGGAAGACAGCCAGGAAGAACUGGGGUCCAGCAAAGCUAGCAGCUUUCUCUCUAAAUUCAGCCGAAGCAGCAAAUCAACUCCGGCGGCGUUCUCCCUGAGGAAGGUCUACGAAGUCAUCGAUUCGUACCUACAGCCUAGCAGCUCGUCAUCCGUCAUAGAUGCGGCUCAGUCUGUUGCCAAACUGCUCCCAGAACCUCCAGUUCCAGAGGAAUCGGAGCCGCUCUCUGACUUAUGGAUUCUUUGCCUUGAAAUUACAUUCCAAAUCCCCUACAACCACCCUUCACAGAUUAAGCUAGCCAGGCUCGUUGUUUGUCUCACGGAAUCUGCCAAGACGACAAGGACGCGAGACUCCGAUGAGGGGUUCUUCUACUCGCCUCGUCCGGAAGGACUGACCCUCGUCCUGGCCGACUAUCACUUCCCUGGUGGAAGGGAAGGCGGAGCCUUUGAAGCGAUGGACGCGGCACGAUGGGUAAACUCCAACGCUUUCGUGGCCCUACUGGGAUCCUACGAACUUCCCAUUCAACCUCGCAGUGGACUCUGGCGCCUGAGGAAAGCGCUGGAAGAACCCUUCAAUCCCAAGUAUUCCAACUCCGAGGUCUCUGCCGCCGCUCAGUGGAUCCUGCACGCUGGCCAGUGGCUGUUCAGGCAGGUCCAGGUGCCUCAAGAAAUCACUCCGAUCGAUGCCCAGAGCACUAAGGCGGGAUCUAUUUUCGAAGGUUUGAAGAUUGAUCAGACACCUUCGCCGGAACUCACGAGAGUGUACCUCGACUUUUUCGUCCUGUUCGUGGGUGUCGCGAGCACGGCCGCAUUGUUUGGACUACUUCUGUACGCAAUCUUUGGCAUAUCGUAUGUCUAUGUCACCAAGGACUGA